AUGACUGCGUGGGUGUGGCUGCUCCUCCUAGGCCUUCCGGGGCCGUCCCGGGGCCAGCGCUCUGAGCCCAUGUUUGUGUCAGUUACCAAGACCCUGCUGAUGCCCGACUACGAAAACAACCCUACCCAGCUUAACUAUGGGAUGGCUGUGACGGACGUGGAUGGAGACGGGGACCUGGAGGUGCUGGUGGCUGGGUACAAUGGGCCAAACCUGGUGUUAAAAUAUGACCAGACCAGCCAGAAACUCCUCAACAUUGCUGUGGACGACCGCAGCUCCCCGUACUAUGCCCUGCGGGAUCGCCAGGGCAACGCCAUCGGAGUGACAGCGUGUGACAUUGACGGAGAUGGCAGAGAGGAGAUUUAUUUCCUCAACACCAAUAACGCCUUCUCAGGUCGAGCGACGUACUCCGACAAGCUUUUCAAGUUCCGCAACGGGCGCUUCGAGGACCUCCUGAGCGACGACAUCAACGAGCACCGGGACGUGGCCAAUCGCAUGGCGGGGCGGUCCGUCGCGUGCGUGGACAGGAAGGGUACUGGGCGCUAUGCCAUCUACAUCGCUAACUAUGCCAGUGGAAAUGUGGCGCCUCACGCACUCAUCGAGAUGGACGAGGCCACCAGCGAUGUCUCCAAAGGGAUCAUCGCCCUGUCCAAUGUGGCUGAGGAGGCUGGGGUCAACAAGUUCACAGGGGGCCGGGGGGUCGUGGUGGGCCCCAUCGUAAGCCAGACCCGCUCCGACAUCUUCUGCGACAACGAGUACGGACCCAACUUCCUAUUCCGGAACAAUGGGGACGGGUCCUUCACGGACGUGGCCGCGUCAGCAGGAGUUGAGGACCCCAUGCAGCACGGCAGAGGGGUGGCGCUGGCCGACUUCAACCGAGACGGGAAGACGGACAUCGUCUAUGGAAACUGGAAUGGGCCACACCGCCUCUUCCUGCAGCUCAGCACCAAUCGGAAGCAGCGAUUUAAGGACAUCGCCUCUCAGAAGUUUUCCAUGCCCUCUCCGGUGCGCACUAUCAUUGCGGCUGACUUCGACAAUGACAACGAGCUGGAGGUCUUUUUCAACAACAUCGCCUAUCGAGGGCCGUCUGCCAACAGGCUGUUUAGGGUGUCUCGGAGGGAGCACUCAGACCCCCUGAUCGAGGAGCUCAACGUCGGGGAGGCAGCUGAACCAGAUGGCCGUGGGACAGGGGCGACGGUGACAGACUUUGACGGUGACGGACAGCUGGACUUAUUGGUGUCCCAUGGGGAGAGCGCAGCCCAGCCCAUCUCAGUCUUCAAAGUCAAACAGGGCUCCUCCAAUAGGUGGCUGCGUGUGGUGCCCCGCACGCAGUUUGGUGCCUUCGCCCGUGGCGCCAAGGUGGUGGCCUACACCAAGCGGAGCGGCCCCCACACACGCAUCAUCGACGGGGGUUCUGGGUACCUGUGUGAGAUGGAGCCAGUGGCUCACUUUGGAUUAGGGAAGGAUGUGGCCACCAGCGUGGAGGUGUUCUGGCCGGACGGCCGCUCCGUGGCGCGCCCGCUGGAGCCCAGCGACAUGAACUCGGUGCUGGAGAUCCCCUACCCCAAGGAGGAGGAGGAGGAGGCCACCCCCGCCAUGGAGAUCGAGUGUGGAAAUGGAUUCACAGUCAACGAAAACGGCCGCUGCACAGACAUGGAUGAGUGCACGCAGUUCCCCUCUGUGUGUCCCCGAGACCGUCCCAUCUGCAUCAAUACCUACGGGGCCUACAAGUGCCGCGCCAAUAAGAGAUGCGGCCAGGGGUUCGAGCCCAACGACGAGGGGACAGCCUGCGUGGCUCAGGUGGCUUACUUUGAAGGGAACCGCUCUUCGGCCUGCAGGUUUGGGGUUCCCCUCUCGCAGAUCUCUCUGACUGUCCUGGCCCUUGUCACUUUCAGUCUGCAGGCUUGA